CUAGGCAGCCGCCGCUGCCGCCCAGUAAGCUGAUCCUGGGGCUCCAGCGGGCUGCUCGCUGCGGGGCGGCCGCCGGAGCAGACUGGCCCCGGGCUGCGCUGGGGCAGCGGGGCAGGCGGGAUGGCGCGCCCCGUGCAGCUCGCCCCGGGCUCGCUGGCGCUGGUACUGUGCCGCCAAGAGCGAGAACGGAGUGCCGUCGGGGCGCCGAAGCCGGAGCCCGGGGCAGCCUCGACGGGCCUGGAUGAUCUGCUGUCCGCUGGAGCCUCCGGGACGCUGGAGACGGAGGACGGGGAGCCUGGAGGCCGCGCGCUCUUCCGCGCCUUCCGUCGCGCCAAUGCGCGCUGCUUUUGGAAUGCGCGCCUGGCCCGCGCCGCCUCCAGACUGGCCUUCCAAGGCUGGUUGCGGCGCGGAGUGCUGCUGGUGCAAGGGCCGCCCGGCAGCCUGCAGGUGCUGCGGGACGCCUGGCUGCGCCGGGCGCUGCGUCCUCCGCGGGGCUUCCGCAUCCGAGCCGUGGGGGACGUCUUCCCGGUGCAGAUGAAUCCCAUCACGCAGUCCCAGUUCAUCCCUCUGGCCGAGGUCCUUUGCUGCGCCAUAGCGGAUAUGAAUGCGGCUCACGUCGUGGUGACCCAGGAGUCCCUGCUGGACCAGCUGGUGAAGCACUACCCAGGCAUCGCCACCCCUUCGCAAGAGGUCCUCUACAGCACCCUGGGCUCCCUCAUUAAGGAAAGGAAGAUCUACCACACCGGGGAAGGGUACUUCAUCGUGACUCCCCAGACGUACUUCAUCACCAGCCCAUCCAGCAGAGAGAAGAGAGCCGCCCUGGAAGAGGGUCACGAUCUGCCGCCGUCCGUCACGUAUCUCGUCAGCAUGGACAGCCAGGCCGAAGGAGCCAGAGAAAAGGGCACCAGCCCAUCUCACUGCAAGUCCUGCCGCUGCUUCCCCGACCCGUGUCCCGGCGAGGGACGGGGACCCCCGGCCGCAGAGGAGGCUGGCCGGAAAGGGCAGAAGAACCCGGGGGAAGCCGGGCCGUCGGGGCACAGUCAGGCCAUCUCGACAGCGGACGACCUCCGUGUGGUCUGCGAGGGGCCCAAGGCCUCGGCCUCCGCCAAGGACAAGGAGAAGAGCAGGAAGUUCGGGCUCCGCCUCUUCUGGCGCCAGAUGUCCAGAAAAGAGAGGCCCAAGAAGGACCGCAGGACGUUCUCCGCCCAGUUCCCACCCGAGGAGUGGCCGGUCCGAGACGAGGAGAACUUGGACAAUAUUCCUCGCGACAUCGAGCACGAGAUUAUCAAACGCAUCAACCCCGAGCUGACCGUGGACAACCUGGUCAGACACACGGUGCUCAUGCAGAAAUAUGAGGAGCGGAAGAAAUACAUGAGCCAGGGCACCUCCACGGACCUGGUGCCAGCCGGACACAAGCAGCAGCCGCCGCCCGGGAAGGCCGGGGGCAGGAGACGCCAGAGCAGGUCUGGAAGGCAUCGGAGGAAGGCACAUUCGAACAGAGAGAGAUCCAGAGGCCGGAGCCAGAGGGGCUCCCAGGCCGGCGAGCCGAGGUCCGGCAUCGCCAGACCAGAGGAGCUCUCCGGGCACCUUCCUGAGGAGGCCGUGCCCAGAGCCAGAACCCCCGAGCAAGACCCGGCUCAGACACCCCUGGGAGACCCUCGGGGAGCCGACCCCCAUUUUAUUUACAAGAAGAGAAUCAGCAACCCCUUCCCAGGCUUUCCUCACAGGGGGAACCCGGCCCUCAGAGGCUACAAGGGCCAGAAGGACGGUGACCCCAGGCCCAGGCAGCUCAAGAAGCCCCCAGGGCCUUUCCAGAGGUCGAGGUCUUUGGAUUCCUCUAGGAACGUUGAUGGCGAAGCCCAGCAGCCGUGCCCCGAGCAGCCCCAAGACAAGGCCGAACCACUCAUUCCCAGUCAUUCUUCCGUCCAGCCCAUCGCUGACGACUUCCAAGACGGCCUCUCCAAUGACUCUCCAAGUGGGGUAUUGAGGACAGGCGGUCAGGGCCAUCCCUGCAGAGAAAGCCCGCCUGCCUGCCUGGGCCAAGACAAGGCGGCCCCUGACGUCCCGUGGAAGAUCCACUCCCGCGUCGAUCGUCUUGGGGAGACCCAACUUGAAAGCCGGCAUCACUCCAGGUCACGGGCCCCCGGCUGUGGGCUGGCCGAUCCGGCCGUCGUGCUUCAGUUCCAGAAUCUCAGCCUUCUGGACCGUCACCCGAGACAGCCCAAGAGGCUACCGAGGGACACCCCGAGGGAGCUGCCCGGGACGGCCUUUGUGAAAUGCUGGGAGAACGAGAACGAAGGCUUUACCGACGAGGACGACGAGCAACCUAUGUACCAGAAGGAGGCGGACGGAGACGAGGAUGCCUGCAGCUCUUUGGAAGAGGACGAGGACGAGGACGAGGACUUUGCCGAGAAACACAUCUUAUGUCCGGCUCGGCCAGGCCACCUCCCAUAUUCCUUUACAUGUGGGAGCCUGUGGGACGACGCCGGGAAAGCCAGCAUGACUGAGGGCCCCCUGGGCCACUGGAACGUGAGGAGCGGCCCGACCGAGCACGGCCGCAAAACGCCAAGGCUGGAGCCUCAAACGCCUGAAAGCCGUGGUUAUGGCAGACCCGCCGGCUCCCUGGCGGAGGCAGACAGGCGCCAGAAGGUGGAUCUCUCAGGGGAAACCCGUAGCCUCCGUCCAUUCGGCUGUCGCCGAGACGAGGAAGCCGCUGCCGCCAAGAGGGUCCAGGUUUCCUCGGAGCUCGUGGACGGCAGCAUAUUUGAUUAUUACAACACCAGCGAGGCCGACUCUGAGGCAGAAACGUUGCAGAACUCCCCCGGGGAGGUGGGCGAGAAACCAGCUUGCUGGGCUCUGGGGCCGCCGGCUGAGGAAACGCGGAAGCACGGCAGGCAGAAGCCGGAGCUCUUCAGUGACCCACGGAUGCCCGUCUUGGCUCAGCGCGCCCCGCAGGAGCAGAAUCACUUAGAAGGAACCGAAAACCACAGUCUGACAGGAGACAGCGGAAUCGACUCUCCCCGGACCCAGAGCCUGACAUCUAAUAAUUCUGUCCUUCUGGAGGGGCUAAAGAGAAGACGAAGUUUCCUACAGAACUUUGAAGGCCUAAACAGCACGAGGAACAGACCGAUGCUCACAUCCAAUUCCCUGCUCCAGCUGACUCCUGUAAUAAAUGUCUGAGUCUUCUUUUUCUCUGGGAACUCGGGGCUAACUUUUGUUGUUGUUCUUGUAAAAAUGUACAGCCUUAACUGUAAAUGUUCUAACCCUCUGCCUAUAUCAGAUUCACCCAUGUAUUACAUAUAUACUUUACAAUUCUUGAAUGUUUGUGCUUUAGGCAUGGACUUGGUUCCAUUUCUGAUCUUAAAAGUUUUAAAAACAUUUUAUUUUGGUAUAGAGUCAUUGGAAAUAUCUAGAAUGUUUACAAUAAAAAGAAAAAACCACACGUGGCAUUAGUCAUCUUUAUUGCCAUGCAGUAGGGUAGAGAGGAUCUGGGAGUUGAGGGACAACAGCUGGUUUUGGAUUCCUGUUCCUGAUACUCCUUGAAUCUAUGACCUCUUUACCUGUAUGGUCUUCCAAAUGGGAAUAAUAUUAAUAUUUGUGCUGCCUAGUGUAGUAGAAGAAUGCAUCCUGGAAGCAUCUGGAGUCAAAGGAUCUCAGCUCCCUAAUCCACUCAGUAAGGAACUACAAGGUGCAGCUCUCCAAGAAGAAGAAUGGAAGCUCUUUGAGGGCAGACACUUUCAUUCUUGUCUUUGUGUCCCUCGUGUCCAACAGCACAGUGCCUGAGAUAGUGUUGUCGGUGCUUAAAGGACCAUAGACUUAGAGACUGAUGGAAUCUUGGAGACCAUCUAGCCCACCCCUGCCUAUCUGACAGAUGAGGAAGCUGAAGGCACUGAGAGAUUCAGGAUCACUAAUCUUCUUGGUUCCAGGUCUAGUGCUUAUCUGCUCUAGCACACUAGCUUCUCAAUAAUAAAUCUUGAAUUUAAUCACAUUAAUUAAUUAUUAAUACAUUAAUUCAUCACAAUCGUGUUCAUAAUCUAAUUGAAAAAAGAUUACAAUGGCUGGAGAGAGCAUGGGGAUUGGGAAAGGCUUGCUUCCUCAAAGAAGAUGCAUUAAAGGGUGAGAAAGGGGGCAGCUGGGUGGUUCAGUGGAUGGAGAGUCAGACCUAGAGAUGGGAGGUCCUAGACACUUCCCAGCUGUGUGACCCUGGGCAAGUCACUUGAUCCCCGUUGCCUAGUCCUUACCACUCUUCUGCCUUGGAGCCAAUACACAGUAUUGACUCCAAGACGGAAAGUAAGGGUUUAAAAAAGUAAAAUAAAAUAAAGGUGAGAAAGAAGUCAACAGGUGAAGCCAGAGAAGGAGACUAGUAAGAGCAUAUUAUAGCCAAUGCCACAAGCAAAGGAGCUAGACCAGAGUAAAGAGAGGGGAGGAAGAGUAGGAGGAGGGAAUGAGCCUAGGAAGGUAAGAUGGAGCCAUUUUUCAGGGGCCUGAAAUGCAAGAUAAAAGACCCAACUUUCCUUGGUAAGUGCUGAAAGCUGAGUAAAUCAGCCAGUCGAUGAACAUUUAUUAAGUGCCUAAAGUAUAUUAGAAACAGGGCUAGACUCUUGGAGAUAUCAAGACGAAGAUGAAGUCCCUACCCUCGAAGAGCUGACAUUCUAUUGGAAUUAUAAUGCCAGUCCUACACGAGGCUAACUGGUCCAGCAGUGCUAUGGGGCAGAGAGGGGAGAUCUAGAAGGCCAUUACAUUGGUCUGUGGGAAUGAUAAUGGGGCUAUAUUAGAAUGGUGACAUUGGAAACAAAGGAGGAAAGGCUGGGAGGAUAUUAUGCAGGCAUAAUUGGCAGGUCUUGGUAAGUGAUCGAAUGGGAGAAUUGAGGGGAAAGGAAAAGUCAAAGAUGAUGCUCUGAUUUUGAAGCCUAGACUUCAAAAUCUCCAUUUUUACACCCUUACGGGUCAAGAAAGAUAGGGGUUGUUAGAGAAGGAAUUGGGGAAGAAAGGAAAAGCAAGAGAGACUGUCGAAUUUCUGAAGUCAAAGGAGGAGAGAAUUUUCCAGUUGGGAGAGGGUAUUGAGGGAUGUCAGAAGGCAAAGGGAAGAAGAUGGUUGAAAAGAGAUCAUUGGGCUCUAGGUUAUGGAUGGAUCACCUUUCAGAACAGUUUCAGUGACUGGGAUGGAGGCUAGUUGAAGAGAGAAGAGCUAGUGGUGUGUCGGCCAGUAUGGAAAAACGUUCCCAGGAAUAUGGCAGGGAGGGAAAGACGGAAAUGGCAUGAUAACUCUCCGGCGUUGGAUAUGGAACUCUGCAUGCUUGGGGCUAAAGGGGAAUCUUUUUCCAUUCCUGGACACAGUGAGAGAUCCAGGAGAGAGGCAGAGAUGAAUGUGGGAAUCCAGUUCAGAAGCAGGCCAGAGAGCGCGGGUUCAAGGGCUCAGGCUAAGAGAUUAACCCGAAUGGGGAGAAUAUCUUUUCUUCUGUGCCUCCUGGAAUAGGACAGGGAGAAGAGUUGAGGUAGGACAUGAUCGAGGAGAAAAGAAGCGAGCGGGCUAGUCUCCAGGAGGGUCUAGAGACUUACAGGUGGGUGGGGACAGCUUUUAUUGGAUGCCCCUAACAAGGACGUGGCCCUUCUGCGUGCUUGGAGCACAGGCUGACAUGGCUGUCAGGCACGGAGGGAGCAGACACAGAAUUUCCUCAUUUUUCUCCUAGGGCAGCACUCAGGGAGUCUCUAGCAACUCCCGUCUCCUGCCAUUCUGAAAAUCAGGGCUGUCGGAGGUGGUGAGGAGAGUAUCUGAGAAGUUGUAAAUGGAAUUUUAAUAAAGAUGUUAAAAAUGAGGCCAAGGCACAAUAACACUAGAGGAAUGACAAGGGGUCCUAGGAGGGACAAAGCCCAGGACUUCCAGGAUAGCCAGCUAGAAUAUCAGUCUCUAAAUCAGAUUUUCUGGGUUUUGCCAUCUUCUCCUUCUUCAGAGACACAAAAGAGGAUGAUGCAAAAGCAUUUUGCAGUUUUUAAAAGAGUUUUAAGAAAGAGCCUUGAAUGCCUGGAUGGGGGGGGGGGGCUCAGCCCAUUUCUCUGCACCUCUGCUAAAAAGGUCUAAUUGAAGGCUCAGAUUAUAAUUUGGUGAGUCACAGCAAUGCAUGGAUCUGGAACAAUUCUGAGGGAUUUAUGACGGGGAGAGCUCUCCCCUCUGGAGAAAAAACUGUGGGGGUCCGAGGGAUGCGGGUCAGAGCGGACUGUCUUUCACGGCACUGUAUUUACAGUUUUACUGGGGGGUUUGGGCUUUGUAUGAGGAUGCUCUUACAACAAUGGCCAGUAGGGAAGUGGGUUUUGCAUGCUAAUAACACAUGUAGGUCCCAGAUCAAAUUGUUUUACCCUCUCGGAGAAGGGAGAGAAAAAGGCUGGAAGGAGCCCAUUGGAUCUUGAAAUUCCACAAAAUGUACGUUGAAAAUGAUUAUUACAUGUAACUGGGGAAAGAAAAUAUCUUUGAAUUAAAGAAUAAUAAUUUAGAGAACCA